AUGCCGCAAAAGACUGAGAAAGCCAAAGAAGCAGGAAAGCAAGUUCCGAGACGAGGCCGCAAAAAUGUCUCAAGGGCUUGUUUACAUUGCAGGAGGAGGCGGGUCAAGUGCGACGCAAGAACUCCGUCUUGUUCAAGAUGCUCGGAACGCGCCAUCGAAUGUGCUUACUCCACGGAGGAAGACAAGCGCCGCCCAGCACCCAAGUCGUAUGUCGAUCUUCUGCGCAGCCGGAUAGACCACCUUGAGCGACUGCUCCAGGCUCACUCGAUCGACCCGGAUGGCAUGCCGAAUGCCCACGCGGUUAAUGAUGGAGUAAGCGACGACCUGACCCUCCGUGGGGAGCUAUCAAAAGAUGAAUCCAUGAAUUUUGACCAGGACGGCGAAGCACGGUACUUUGGCCCAACAAGUGGACGCCUAGAGUUCAAGAGUCUUCAUAAGAAAAGAGCCGAGUACAGCGCAGCCACAGCCAACUUCAACCGUCUUUGCCAAGAUCUUCUUGAUCAGGAUCCAGUCUCCCCGGAGCUUGAAGACCACCUUCUCGAUCUCUUCUUCACGUGGGAGCAGCCAUUCAAUCAGGCUGUGGACGAGCGCAUGUUUAGGCAGAGUCGCCAUACGGAUGGAAAAUGGUACAGCCCCCUCCUGCUCAACUGCGUGCUGUGCAUAGGGUCUCGGCAUUCCGACCGCGCCGAGGUUCGGACUGAUCCGCAAGACCCCAAUACUGCUGGGAGGCUGUUCUUGGAAAAAGCCCAGGUUCUGUUGUACUUUGAUCUUCAAUCACCCAGCCUGACGACAAUCCAGGCUGCCAUGAUUCUCACGACGGCGUAUUGCUCAUUUGGCGAAGAUGCUGCAAGCUGGCUUCACUAUGGCAUAGCUAUGAGGCUAGCACUUGACAUGGGCAUCAACCUAGACUUUGGUGUUUAUCAGCAGCUCAAUGCCGGCUCGCCUCUAUCAAUGGAAGAGGUUUCCAUUCGUAGGCAGAUCCACUGGACCAUAUACUGCAUGGACAAGCUGUCAGCGAUGUACACCGGAAGGACCUGUACUUACCUGGAUUUCCAGGCCGCCGUAGGGCUUCCUCGGGUCAAACCACCUCUGACAAGUGAUCAAUCGACUCCAGAUCGAUAUCUGCAACACUCUCAGGUACUUUAUUAUCAAGUCACUUUAUGUCAGAUCAUGGAGACCAUUCUCAACUCCUUAUAUGCCCCGAAAACUGGCCUUAGCCGCGAACAGAGGGGCUCAUUUUGGUCUUCAUGCGUUCUGAAGUUGAAGAAUUGGCGUUACGACCUCCCCGACGAGAUGCUCCUCGAACGCUAUACCCCGUCACUGCCUCCCGCUCUCUUCACCAUCCACAUGAUCUACCACACGGCACACAUUCAACUGACCAAACCCUUUCUCGCCAAGCCUAAUACUGAAAACGACGGAGCCAGCCGCAGUGAGGAGGAGCCAAGCAUUACAAAGGCUAGACAGAUGAGCUACCUGGCCGCAUUGGGCGUAUGUCAGGUAGCGACUAAAUAUCGGAGCACAUUUGGCAGUUUUCGUAGGAGCGCCAUUACCGCGACGCAUUGCACACUCUCUGCAGCUCUAAUAUUUCUAAACGCUUUAUCUUCUCGAUGGGAAGAUGUGGACCCGUCCAGCAACCAGAAGUAUAUCGAUCUCUGCCUAUUUGUACUGGAUGAACUCGGAACAGCGUGGAACCCGGCCAAGCGUAUGCGCCAGAGCCUUCAUGCGCUAUACGAACAUGUUCAAGAGCAGAGAAUGGAAGGUAUCGCAUCUGAGAAAGACGCGGCGGGCAGCCAGAGUCAGGCUGUCGCCGGUCAAACUCUAUCCGAACUUGCGCAUGCUGAAGCAGACUUGGCGGCGGAUGUACCCAGUGAUGAGGGUCAGUACGGGUUAUACAGCGUGGAUAGCUAUUUGGUAAGCAUUCCUGUGACUACCAGUAGUACUCUUUUGGUCUACAGCUUGAACGAUAAAAUGCUCUCAAGCGCUGGAAACAUCCUACUUACAGCAUGCCCAGGAUGA